UAGUGGUUGAAGCGUGUCUCAAAUCACAUAAACAUACACAUUACAUUUCCGAGAGUCACACGAUCCACACUCUCUCUCUCUAUCUUCCUCAUUGACUCUCUCUGUUUCUCUCUCAUCGGAUGCCAAUGGCGGAUCCAAUCUCGAAGGCUCUGAUUCUCCUUUCGAUCGUAGCUUCGUUGUUGCUAUGCUCCCACGCUUCAUCCUCCUCUGACGUUCCCUUCAUCGUCGCGCACAAGAAGGCCUCCCUCAACCGGCUCAAGUCUGGCGCUGAAAGGGUCUCCGUCUCCAUCGAUAUCUACAACCAAGGAUCUUCGACUGCAUAUGACAUAAGUCUAGCAGAUGAUACUUGGCCAAGUGAUCUUUUCAGUAUAAUCAGUGGCAGCACAUCGAAAUCAUGGGAAAGGCUUGAUGCGGGUGGCAUCCUCUCCCACACAUUUGAGCUGGAGGCAAAAACAAAGGGAGUAUUCUCUGGUCAACCAGCUGUCAUCAAGUUCCGCAUCCCCACUAAGUCUGCUUUACAGGAGGCAUUCUCAACUCCCAUAUUGCCUUUAGAUGUUCUUGCUGACAGACCUCCUGAGAAGAAGUUUGAAUGGGCUAAGAGAUUGCUGGCUAAGUAUGGAUCUCUAUUCUCAGUGAUCUCCAUCAUGGUUCUGUUUGUGUACCUGGUCGCAACACCAUCGAAAUCGGGUGCCAAAGGAAGCAAGAAGAAGCGUUAAUCUGUAACAAAGUAAUACAUUUGCAAUCAGGCAUUUUGCAGGCUAAAGCAUGACAUUCUGUCAGUGGUCAGUUUUUACCUAGUUAGAGCAUCUGUUGUUUUUGAACUUUUUUGAAUGAAUGGUCAAAUGAGUUAGUGAGAGAACAGAUUAAUUUCAUUACGGCAUAGCCUGAACAGUUGUUUUCAGUUCUCCCUGGACUGGAUGGAUCUUUUAGCGAGCAAAAGUAUAUUAAUUAA